CCGGGCGGCAGCUGGAGGCGCGGACCGAGGGCGGCGACUCGGGCGUCGGGGGACGCGGCGGGCGGCCACCGCAAAGCGAAAUUCGGGGGCUCGGGAGCCGACGGGGGCGCCCGGCGGGGACGCGCGCAGGUCCGCGCGGCUCGUGCCCCCUCCGCCGGCGCCCCGAGACCCGCCCCCGCGGCGGAGCGGCUUCUGUUUACUUUCGGUCGAGUUUUCUUGUUCCGGGCAGGUGCCCAGGGCGGCUCCGGGUGGGCGAUCACACGCGACACCCCGCGCCCCUCUGCCCGCACCCGCGACGGGCGCGUCGGGCCUCCGGGGCAGCGGCGGCCGGGGCGUCCGUUUGUGCCCAGGGGAUGACGGCGGCGGCAUGGAGUUCCCGGAGCACGGCGUGCGGCUGCUGCGCCGCCUGAGGCAGCAGCGCGAGCUCGGCUUCCUGUGCGACUGCACCGUGCUGGUGGGCGACGCGCGCUUCCAGGCCCACCGCGCCGUGCUGGCCGCGUGCAGCGCCUACUUCCAUCUUUUCUACAGGGACCGGCCUGCGGGCAGCCGCGACGCGGUGCGGCUCAACGGCGACGUCGUCACGGCGCCCGCUUUCGGCCGCCUGCUGGACUUCAUGUACGAGGGCCGCCUGGACCUGCGCGGCCUGCCGGUCGAGGACGUCCUGGCCGCCGCCAGCUACCUGCACAUGUACGACAUCGUCAAGGUCUGCAAGGGCCAGCUCCGGGGGGAGGGCCGCGCGCCGCCUCCCGAAACGCCCGCCGCUGGCGCCAAGCCGCCGAGUCAGCGCCCCUGCCCCCUGCCCGCCUGGGCCCCCGAGCUCUGCCCGGCCGCCCAGAAGGUCAGGCUGCCCGGGGCCGGGGUCAAGGCUGCCCUCCCUCCAGGAGCACGGGGGCCUCCCCCCUGCCAGGCCCCAGGAGAGCCGGACGGGGCUCUGGACUUGUCGCUGAAGCCUGAGCGGAGGAGGGAGCCAGUCCACCCGCCUCCCUGCGGCCUUCGGACACCGCCGUGCAGGCAGAUGCAGCCCGGGGUGCGGCCGCUAGUGAAGGGCGAGCGGGACUCACUGUCGGAACAGGACAGCCUGGACCCUCUGAGCCCCCACAGCCCCCUGCAGCCACCCCGCGCUCCGGCGGUGCCGCGCCCGGCCGGGGACUUGGAGCCGCUGCCCGCCGGUGGGGUGGGCAGCCGGGAGCUGGCGUUGGAUGCAGCGCGGGGCGCCGUCGCGGACGAGCUGGCGCUCGGCGGCCGCCGCCGCCUCCGCCUGUGCCCGCUGUGCAGCAAGCUGUUCCCCAGCGCCCGCGUGUUGCAGCUGCACCUCAGCGCCCACUUUCGAGAGCGCGACGGGGCCCGGGCCCGGCUGUCGCCCGACGGCGCCGCGCCCACCUGCCCGCUCUGCGGGAAGACCUUCUCCUGCGCAUACACGCUGAAGCGGCACGAGCGCACGCACUCGGGCGAGAAGCCCUACACGUGCGUGCAGUGCGGCAAGAGCUUCCAGUAUUCGCACAACCUGAGCCGCCACGCCGUGGUGCACACCCGCGAGAAGCCGCACGCCUGCCGCUGGUGCGAGCGCCGCUUCACACAGUCCGGGGACCUCUACCGCCACGUCCGCAAGUUCCACUGCGGCCUGGUGUGACGCGUGCGCCGCGCGGGGUGGCGGUGGGAGGGACCCAGAGCCGGCCGGGAGGGGGUCCCUGAGGCUGGACCCGCCUGGCAGGAAGAGCCCCGCUGCCCCCCAGGAAGGUGGCCUCGGACUCAAAGGGACUCUGCAGCCCUCCUCCCUGCCCUGCCCCCCAACCCUACCUUGUGCCCUGACUGAGUCUGUCUUCCUCUUCAGGCGGUUCUGGGUUUGUCUCAAGGUCCCCGGAGCUUGGCUCACUCGCCUCAGUGUGGGACAGCCUAUCCUACCCUGGGGGCUUCCCCGGCCACCUCACUGGCAUGUUCAGGGGACCUCACUGGCCUCGCUGCACCCGGUGAAGGGUGCAGGUCACAGAAGUUGGGGCAGGAGCCCGGGCUCAGCAGGGGCCAUCAGGGCAGAGAUGGUGCCACGGGGCACAGGGCCCAUGGGAAUGUCUGGGCAGAACCGUCCAGAAGCUAGUGGGUGGCUGUGGAGUCCCUGGCACGGUGGCGGCAGGUGGCCCGUGGUCCUGGCUGCAUUGUAAUGCAGUCAGAAGGUCACAGUUUGGGAACAGUUUUCUGGUUGCCGAGCCUCCCAGGGCGGCCAGAUGGCGGCCGAUGGCGGCGGACCCGUGGGCAAUGGGCCGUGCCGCUUCCCUGCCUGGGCGCAGCGUCCAGGCGCCUCUGAGCUUCCUCAGGGUGGCCACUGCUGGGCCUCAGCAGGACUGGCCCUGCAGGUCACUGGUCCGUGCCCAGGGCUGCUGCUCGCUCCCAAAGCAGGGGCCGGGGCUGCCCUCCGACCAGGCCCAGGGCUCAGAGGGGCUUCCCUUCCCCGCAGCAGGGUGUGCCCGAGGCCCACUGUGGUGGCACAGGGUGGAGCAGAGGAGGGCGGCUGGCUCAAGCAAGGGCCCAGCCCCCACUGCUAUGCACAGCCCUGGGUGGCUGAAGCUGCUGGGACAUGGCGGGCACUGUACUGGCGUCUUGCUGGGGCCGCCCUGCCCUGCCUGCCAGCCUGCCAGCCUGCUGAGCAGCCUUGCUGCUAGAACCUCCGGUAGUGGCAGGGGUGGCAGCCCCGGUUGUGGGACUCCUGCAGGUGGUAGGGCCCGGGUGCCCCUGGUACCCCUACCCCCAGGGGCCGUUUCUGCUGUGACCAGACUCGGGGCAAGGACAGAGUCCGGCCCGGUUUACAUUGUCUUCCCUUGUCCUGACGGUACUUGAUGUUGUAUUUAUUUGUCUCCCUGGUGUGGAGUGGAGGGCCUUCCCGGCAGGCAGACAGACCGGCUCAGGAUCCCGGAGGUGCUCUGCCCCUGCGUGUGGCUGCCCCUCCUGAGGCCCAGGGCUCGGAGGCCCGGACCGCCCUCCAGCAGGGGGCUGGAUGAAGGGGCCCCUGCCUCUGACGGUGCUGCCCCCAGCUCCCCGCCUCCGGGGGCCAGUGGAAGGGCGCCCCCAGCAGGACGUGCUGCCUGACCAGGCCGCUGUGCGUGUGCGCGUGGCAGGGCCUGGUUUUCCCAGGGGUUUCCACGGGGCAGAAAUGGACUUUCCUGGGGCGGGAAGUCGGCCCCAGGCGACCGACACUGGGGGCAUUGUCUUCUGUGAGCGGUCACUGUGGUGUUAAGGUGUCACCGUGAGACAGUUCUUUAGUCUGAUGAUAUACACAGUCCAGGUGACAUGUGUACGUGUACGUGAGGUGCCGAGUGGGAGCACGCGGCAAAGGUGUGUGUGCGAGCGAGAUCCGGGUGGAACUUGCGUGUGGGGGCCUCGGCCCAGCCUCCUGCCUCCCCUCUGCCCUCCUGCUUGGGGCAGGGGACUUCGGCUCCGGGUGACCCAGGGGACAGUCCUUCAAGCUGAUGGUUUGGCCGGAGGUUUUGUCUGCACACACCCCUGUGUCUGUGGUGACAGCGGUUAAUAAAGCCCCAGGUGGAGGUGCCGGAUGA